GUUCUCCACUGGUGGUGAGUUCCUCCUUUUGUCUAAAUUGUGCCAGGCUCAGGCCACUCAGAGCUCUGCCGUCGGACUGACGAUGCCACAGCAUACCCACAGUUCUCUAACCCACGUUCUCCUGUUGUGGAUCACCACCCUCUCCGUUGUCCAGCUUGGGUUCAUCGUCUUCUUCUUCACAGCUGGACGGUCUCAGAACAGUAGCGAUGUAGCACGACAGCACACAAAGGCAAAAAUCCAGGCAAACAAUACAUCCUCGUACCCCUCUGAGCCUGGAAUUCCCUUGGGCGGAGGCAAAAUGCUCACCUUUAGGGCCACUGAAGUCAACAGAAAAAUUACGUGGGUAGCAAGAAGUCCAGACGAACGCCUGAUCUCAGGAAUAGAAGGAGGAAAAGUUCUAAAAAUAAAGAAGGAUGGAUAUUACUUCCUAACUCUUCAGGUAACAUUGAAUUCAUGCCUUGCAAAAGCAUCAUGGCAUACAGUCAGUCUGAAGGCAAAGGACAAAGAUCUCCUGAAGGGUUGGAUUAACAACAACACAUGCAGCACAGGCUCCCUCUCAAAGGUGGAGGAGCUUCCUGCUGGAAGCACUUUGGAGGUCACCGUCAACAAGACAGCUCCCGAUGAAACCAUUAAUCAAAAAGAAUCUCACCUGGAUAUCAUCUACAUUUUCAAGCCUUGGAAGUAGCUCAGACAUAAUACACAUCUAUAUGCUAAAGCACUGGCCUGUUCCAGGGCACUUUCCAUUUCUGCCUAGAUGCCAAGAUGGUAAAGCGAACUUAUUGAUCUUACCAAACAAACCUCUGUCCUUGCCUCUGGAUUACCAGAUCACUUAACUGUCUUCCUGCAGUCAGAUAGGUGACAGAGAAUGCAGGAUUCAACACUGAGGAAUGUCUUUUACCUGCAGGCUGGGUAAAAGCCACGCCUAUUUAAAUUCUGGUCCACUCCAAAGAAAAAUCCACCCUAAAACAGAAUUGACAUUGAUUCAGCGUUCAAUUAUUUUGGCCAGUAAAGUAAAUUUACGAUAUAGCAGCACCAGGAUUGGUCUUAGGUUGAUGUCACUACAAAUCUGCUUCUCUGAGAUAAGAUAAGACAAGGCAAGGCAAGACAAGACAAGAUAAGAUAAAACAAGACGAGAUAAGAUAAGACAAAACAAGACAAGACGAGAUGAGACAAGACAAGACGAGAUAAGACAAGACAAGAUAAGAUAAGACAAGACAAGAGGACAAGAAGACAGUAGCACAAAGACAGAAAUAAGUGCAGAUAGAGGUGAGAGAUGUAAAGAAAUAUAAGAUAAAAAUAAAUAAAAUAACAGGUAUAUAACUAGUAUCAGAAUAGAAGUAAAAAUACAAACUGAAGGAAAGAUGUUUUCAAAUUCACACUUUAAAACUAAGCUGUACAGUACCAGAAACACAUGAGGUAUACUGUAUGUUCACAAAGGUUAGAAAAGCUAAAUUGUCAUUGCUUCUCAAAUAGCUGGGAUCGACCCAGCUGGCCAUCAACGUCGCAAGACGAUGAUAUUUGAUUGACUUUAGGUUGUGAUGUCGGGUGACCAAAAUCUAAUGUCAGUACAAAAUUUAAUGCCAACAUCAAUUUAAUGUAGAAUGCAGAUGACGUUAAUAUUUUGUUGGUUUUAAGUCGUGUUGUAAAGUAACCAAAACUCAGGGACUUCCAAACUUCUCAUGCCAAUGUCAUCUUGAUGUAAGUAUGGAAAACAAACCCAGCAUCUGCAAAAUGUUAUAUGUUAAUGUCCAUGCAACGUAAAAUUCUAACAUCUAACGUAACGACUUCCAAUCAAAAUUUAACGUCUGUCUGAUGUAAGAGUCCAACAUCCGGUGCCAGCUGGGAAGGAGGACAUAUUUAGUUAUUUAUUUUUUCCCCUUUACUGGAGUUUCUUAAUAAUAAAAUGUGCAGUUAACUGCAAGAAUGUAUUUUGUGCCGCAUCUACCGGCAGAAUUGUGUUAUUUGCACCACAGCUCCUAUUUGAUUUGUUUCUUUAUGUUUUGACGCAUAUAAGUUACAUAUUUAUGUUGUAUUUAUUUAUUGUUUGGACCUAAAAUAUAUUCUGUAUACAGAUACUGUAUUUAACAAAAUUUCAUGGGCAGGUCAGAAACUAACCAAUGAAUGUAUGUCACUGUGUGACAAGGUAUGUCAUUGUGUGGCAUACAUACAGUAUAUUGUUUGUGAGUCACUGUAAUGUUUGUACAGUGUUUUCUGUAUUAAUUAAUAUAAUAAUACAGUGAAAACUGUACAAACUAGAUGACAUGGUUGGUAAGUGUUUAUUAAGCUAAGACAAAAGUGCAAAAAUGUGGAUGUGUUUUUUUUAAAGGGAAACGUUUCACAAUCUGUGGUGAUUUCACAAAAUGGAACGUGUUAUGUAAUUAUGUAAAAACAAGAACCGCAUUACAUACAUUACUAUUCAUGAUCUAAAUUGAAAAGCGAAAAGAGACAGACCGAAUCUCCUUCACUACCUGUAUGUAUCACACAUUGUAUCACAUGAAAUCAUGACUUGUGGUGGUUUGUGCGGAAAGUUUCGUUUGUUAAGAGAGUUGAAAGAAAUAUUUGGUUUUGUCAAUGAUUGUCAGUUUUGUUUUUUUUUUUUUUUUUUUUUUUUAAAAUGCAACAAGGAUCUGCUCACACCCUGACGAUGCGUGCAUAUUUGUGUGAUUUAAAAAGCAUUUGUCCUGGGAACUUUUUAACACAUGUCUUUACAUCUGACUACAUCAAGAUACUGUAACUGCUGCCAUGAAAAGGUCCAAAUUAAAAGCUAUGUGUUCAUCAUACUAUUUAUUUGAUGUGUUUAAAAGCCCCAAUAUGGAAAUAAACACAGCAAAUUAAAUUACAAUAAUGAA